CAUCAACAACGACGGAGUGAGUCAUAGCUACAUUCGCACACCACAUCUGAAUGUGGGAUGGUGGUAGCCCGCCUAUCCAUCCAUCCAUCCAUCCUCUUAUUCUCAUGCAAGCGGACAGUGUGAGUGAUUGAGUGACUCGUUCGGUCUGUCUCCUGAAGCAGAGCCCGAAUCCGCCCCGUCCCAACGGACUAGACAGGUCAACCAGCCAGCCAGCACCAUGGCCUCGUCCUCCGACUCCGAGGAUGAUACCCGUUUCAACGAUGACGAAGAAGAAGACAACGAAGACGGCCCAUCCGAGGGGGGCUCCGCCUCAACCCGCCGCCCAGCCAGUGGUGCGGGUCUGUCGCUCAUGGGCCUGGUCUUCGGCAACAUCGACGCCCAAGGGCAGCUCACGGGCAGCGAUGUGUUGGACGCGGAUUCCAGCGCCAAGUUAGCCGGACUGGAGCAAUUGUUGGGCGGGCGAGGGGCGGCCGAAUUGGUGGAAGAACACGACCUACACCCUGAUCCCGACGACGAGUCGGCCUCGACCGCAUCCGGGGCCCACCCAGACAAGGAACAAGAAGAAGAGUACGAUGGCGUGUCCAAAGACCCCAAUGCCCAAGAUUUCGAGUCCAUGGACGAGGCUCUUUCGGAUGAAUCUGAUUCCAGCGAGGAUGAACAGACUCCGGCCACGGCCACGGCCAUCACCCCCGACACAGCCAGCGUCUCGGCCCACACGCCCGAUCCCAACGUGAAGGUGGAAAUUAAACCCGACCGUCCCCAAGAUCCGAAGCUGGAAAUGAAGCGCGAGGUCAAGGCGGAGGAAGAAGAUCCCGCCCCAUCGCCGUCCUCAUCGGCAGUGGCGGCGGUCGAUGAUUCGGGCCAAUUGAUGCCUCCUCCGGUGGACAUUCCGAAACCCGCGUCGGAGCCGUCCAUCAAGGUUGAGGCACCCCCCGUGAAACGCGAUCAUCGACCUUUAGCCAGUAUGCUCCCGGCCAAAUACAAAGAUGUGGAUGUCCAAGAGUUGUUUCCCGAGUUUCGACACGGGCAAGUCCUACGGUUUUCGCGUCUUUUUCCCAUCAAGGAGUCGCACUUGCCUCGUCCAUGGAAACAUCUCAAGAAAAAAGCCAAGAAACGGUUGCCCGAGAACUCCGGUCCCUCCGGCGAAGACGAGGUCGACGGCGGACCGGGUGGAGCCACGAGCGCGGACGACCCUCACACCUUUCGAACUUGGCAAUUCGACUACACGCCCUACGCCGAAGAUGCCAAUCUCUACGAGGAGGACGAUGCCGUCCGCUUUCAUAGACCCAAGGAGGAAAACUCGUCGGAAGAGGACGCGGCCGAAGGCAGAGAAAAAGAAAGCAAAGGCCCUAAAGCCACGGAUUGGCGUUGGGGACCGGCUCAAUAUUGGUACGACAUCCUAGGAGUACCGGAUAAUGUGGAAGAUUACGAUUAUGGUUUAAAGACGGCGCUAGAACACAUGGAUGACGAUGUCAUGCCCGACACCAAAGUCAAGCGAGAAAGGCUCGAGUCGAAUAAAGAGAACGAGAUGGACGCACCGAGUCAAAAACGUGCCAAGAUCGAGUUUCCGGAUGACGCGUUCUUAAUGGUAACCCAAACCAAUUGGGAGGAAGACGUGGUCUGGAACGGCGACGAUAUUCGUCACAAGCUUAAUUCCAAAACCAAUAUGGCCGGUUGGGUGCCGACGGGCGGCAAUCGAACGGCCGGGUCUUUCAGCCAACCGGGCAAAGGUGGCGGUCUACCGGGUAUCAAACUUCAGACCAUCAAAAAACCCGAGAAUGGCGACGAUAUUUUCUACUCCAUCUUCCCGGUCGAGAACGAGGAAUUGGCUUACGGCCGUUGGGAGGACGAAGUGAUUUGGGACACCGAGGAUGUGCCUAAAAAACUCAAACCGAAAAUGGUGUCCUUGGAUCCCAACGAUGACAACAUUAUCUUGGGCAUCCCAGAUGACAUCGACCCUUCGACUCUCCCCUCAGAUCAACCCGUGAGAAAAGUCAAGAUCAUUCAAAAGCACGUUAAGAAAUCGAGAAUGUUGCUGAAUCGAUCAGGUAUCAUUAGUGUGAUCGAAGAGGAGAGCCCACCUCCCCCGCCCAAAGUCGACAACAAAGAUCCGUUUAACAUCUCCAACGACGAGUUCUACCAAGUGAAGGCCCAAGAGUCUAUGAUUAAAGUGGCUCCCGGGGGAACCUUACUCCAGCAUGGAACCCCAGUGGUGGAAUUAUCUGCUCCAUUCGUGCCGACCCACAUUGGUCCCAUCAAGCUCAAGCAGUUCCAUCGAUGGCCUCUCAAACGGUUUUCUCAUGGCCCAUUAGCCAAUUACAACAACUUUGUGGGCGUGAAUCCUUUGACCAAACACAUCAAAAAGAAAGCCAGGGCACGAGAAGCGGAAAGACAAGCAGCGGGUGGAGGAGAAAUCUUCUUCAUGAGGACCCCCGAAGACCUCAGCGGACGAGAUGGUGAAUUGAUCUUAGUGGAAUACAUGGAGGAACAUCCGCCACUGCUCAAUUUAGUAGGCAUGGCCACCAAGAUUAAGAACUACUACAAGCGAAAACCGGGUAGCGACGCACCGUCGAACAAACCCAAAUACGGUGAACUCGUACCCGCACACACCAGCCCAUUCUUAGGACAAAUGGUGCCCGGUCAAGUUGUCCAGACCUUCGAAAAUAAUUUAUACCGAACGCCCAUAUACGAGCACAAAAUGCCCACCACCGAUUUCGUGGUGAUCCGAACUCGAAACGAAUACUCAAUUCGAGAGAUUGAUACCAUUUUCUGUGCCGGGCAAGAGUGUCCCUUGUAUGAAGUGCCUGGCCCAAAUUCGAAAAAAGCGAAUAAUUUUGCCAGGGACUUUCUACAAGUGUUCAUCUAUCGGCUCUUCUGGAGGUCUCCAGACAAUCCCAAGCGGAUCAAAAUGGACGAGAUCAAACGAGCUUUUCCCGCCCAUUCCGAAAGCAGUAUUCGUAAACGGCUCAAACCUUGUUCCCAGUUCCAUCGCACGGGUCAUGACUCCAAUUGGUGGGUUAUCAAGCCCAACUUCCGAUUACCGUCUGAGGAGGAGAUGCGAGCCAUGGUCACACCUGAGCAAUGCUGUGCCUUCUUCUCGAUGAUUGCAGCUGAGCAGAGACUUAGGGACGCCGGAUAUGGAGAGAAAUCACUAUUGGCCCAACAGGACGAUGACGACGAAGAGACCGCCAUGAAAAUGGACGAUGAAGUCAAAGUUGCCCCUUGGAACACCACCAGAGCCUACAUUUUAGCCAUGAAAGGCAAAUGCUUGCUGCAAUUGACGGGGCCAGCAGAUCCAACAGGUCCUGCCCGGGAAGGCUUUUCAUAUGUGCGAAUUCCCAAUAAACCCACCAAUAAAGAAGAAGUGGAACAAGCCCCCAAACGAACAGUCACGGGAACUGAUGCCGAUCUCAGGAAGCUACCACUGAAAGACGCAAGGAACAUUUUGCGUAAGAAUGGCGUCCCCGAAGACGAAAUAAAGAAGCUCAGUCGUUGGGAAGUCAUCGACGUGGUGCGAACUCUCUCCACGGAAAAAGUCAAAGCUGGAGAGGAUGGGGACCACAAAUUCAGCCGAGGAAAUCGAUUUUCCAUCGCUGAGCACCAAGAAAGAUAUCGCGAGGACUGUCAGCGGAUCUUUGAAACGCAAAAUCGCGUUCUGGCUUCGAAUGAAGUCCUCUCCUCCGAUGAAAGUGAAUCCUCGGAAGAGGAGGAAGUUAAUGACGAUGACUUGUUCGAAAUGGGAAAGAACAUGGAAAAUCUCCUGUCCAAUAAGAAGACCAGUUCCCAGCUAAACCGUGAGCGGGAAGAGAUCGAGAGGCGCAAACUGAAAAUGAUGAUGGACGAGGAUCGCCUUGAUAGCACGCCCCAGUCUAAUAAGCGGAAGAAAGACGACGAUGAACACAGCAAUAGUAGUCAAGGUCCAACCAAAUUCCUGAGGAUCACGCGCGUUUUCAAGAACCAAUCGGGCAAAGAAUACACUCGAACAGAAAUCGUUCGGAAGCCCAUGGUGGUGGAGACCUAUGUCAGGAUUAGGCAAACCAAGGAUGAUGCUUACAUCAAACAGUUUGCCACUCUGGACGACUCUGCCAAGGAAGAGAUGAAAAAGGAGAAGCGCAGACUCCAAGAACAACUUAGGAGGAUCAAACGGAACCAAGAGCGAGAGCGCCUUGGGCUCACCAAAUCAUCAAAGCGUAAGACAAAGGCCAAGCCCGACUUGAAACUACGAUGUGGUGCCUGUGGUGCCAAAGGUCAUAUGCGAACCAACAAAGCUUGUCCAAAGUUUGUUGGGGGCGAAUUCGAUGGACCUAUUAAUGUGGCUAUGACUGAAAGAGAUGAAGAAGAAUUGGAGAAAGAAAUCUACAUGGAAGAGACUGCCGAAGAAUCUCUAAUAAAUGUAGACGGGACGAAAAUGAAGCUGUCUGGCAAAGUUUUGAAACAUGCAGAUGAAAUCCGAAAGAAGACGAUGAUUCUGAAAGUUCCCAAGCAAACCUUGAAGGGAGGUCGACGACGUCGUGCCGGCACAGUAGAGCAUUGCGAUUACUUGACCAACAAGAACUAUAAACCCGUGAAGAGACGACGAACCGAUCCGGUCGUGUCUCUCGCCUCGUUUUUAGAGAGUCUUCAUAGCGAAUUGCGCGUUAUGGAUGAGGCCCUCCAAUUUUUGCAGCCUGUGAACACCAAAAAGGUUAUUGACUACUUGGACAAAAUCAAAAUCCCCAUGGAUUUGGCCACCAUUCGAGAAAGCAUUCAACGGAAAAAGUAUCAUAGUCGAGAGGAAUUUUUAGGUGAUAUGAGCCAAAUCGUGGACAAUUCCCGCAUUUAUAACGGCGAGCAAGACAUUCAUACCAUAAACGCCAAACGACUCUUUGAUGUGGUCAUCAAUAAGUUCUCCGAAAAUGAGGAAAAACUUCAAAAGCUUGAAAAAGCCAUCAAUCCUUUGUUAGACGAUGAUGAUCAAGUGAGUCUCUCCUACAUAUUCACUCAGCUCUUAGAGGAGAAACUCAAGGUUUUGCCGGAGUCGUGGCCUUUCGUCAAACCCGUCAAUCGAAAAGCUAUGAAACACUACUACGACAAAAUCAAGCAUCCCAUGGAUUUGGAGACCAUUUCGAAGAAGGUGGCUAAGCACACCUACCAUUCCAGCCGAGAGUUCCUCCACGACAUUGGACUUAUCUUCAAUAACAGCCUCGAGUUCAACGGACCUGAUUCCGAGUACACGAAGAAAGCCAAUAAACUCCUGGAAAUCUCUCAAGAGUUCCUGAACUCUUUCUCGGAGCACAUAUCUCAACUCGAAGACCGGAUCCGUGACACCCAAGCACGAGCCUUGGAGAACGCUGAUCUCGAAUCCACGACCAUGGAUGACAUGCCAGUGAAGAAAAAGCGAGGUCGACCACGCAAGAAGAAAAUGCCCCUGUCUUCGGAGUUCAUUAGCGAGGAUGCUCGAUCGCCCAAUCUUGAUGACGACGAUGACGACGAUGAAGACGCAAACGUGAACUUGGAGAAGGACCUUCAGUAUUCUAGUGACGAGGACGAUAUGGAAGACGACGAUUGGGAACCUGUGGAGGGCGAGGAAGGUUCCGUUACUGUCACUCUCGAUUCCAAUAUACAGCACCAGGACCAAGAAGUAGAUGUUGUAAACUUGGGCUCUAUGGGAUAUUACCAGGAAAUUCAGGCUGGUGACGGUCGUCCCGCUGUUCAAAUCGAAGCGCCCAAUAUUGUCUAUCAAGAGGAGGAACCCGUUGACGAGAACUACGAUCCAACUGAUUUCUUACACAAUUUGGGAGCCCCGCAACCCGUGGAGGCAAUGGAGCAGCAACAACAGCCGAUUUUGGUUCAGGAAGGCGAAGGUGUGGUUGAAGCCACCAUCACCAUGCCAGAUGAAGUGCAUGAAGCCAUUGACCUCGGUCAUCUUCAAGAAGAGCAACAGCUUCAACAACAACCGGCUGUGGAUGUAAUCAACGAUGACCUAAAUAUCACAGAUGAAUCCGACGAUGAUGACGAAGAAAGUGGAGAUGCUCCUCAAAAUUUGGACGACAAGACGGUAGUGGCUCCACCUGCUCCUUCCCUUAUUCCCGAACCACCUCCUCCCGAUGAGGAUGGCAUUUGGUUUUGACAUGGAACACUUUGUAUAUCUUAAAAUAAUAAUAUUCUAGCUUGUGCCGCG